UUCCGGGAUCAAUACACGUUCGUUGUUUCAAUUCGCCGACACAAAUUGUGUUUAUUUCAAACUUAAAUUGAUUUUGUAUGUUAAAUUGAAUGGAAGAAAAUGAAUAAACAAAAUGUAUUCGAGAAACUGCGUCAGUUCGAUGCUUAUCCGAAGACGUUGGAAGAUUUUAGAAUCAAAACAUUCGGAGGAGCUACAGUGACUAUAGUCAGUUCCAUUAUUAUGGUGAUACUGUUUAUGUCAGAGUUGAACUACUACCUAACAUAUGAAGUAACACCAGAGUUGUUUGUAGACACCUCUAGAGGACAGAAAUUAAAGAUAAAUAUAGAAGUUAAAUUCCCUGUUUUACCAUGUGCAUAUUUAAGUAUAGAUGCCAUGGAUGUAUCAGGAGAGCAGCAGAUAGAUGUGGAUCAUCAUUUAUGGAAACAAAGAAUAGAUUUAGAAGGAAAUAAAAUAGAUGAAGCACCGGAGAAAGAAGAAUUAGGAGAUGAAUCAAAGAAUAUAACAACAGCAGUUACUAAACCAUUAGAUCCCAAAAGAUGUGAAAGUUGUUAUGGUGCAGAGACUAAGGAUGGGCAAUGUUGUAAUAACUGUGAAGAUGUGAGAGAAGCCUAUAGGAAGAAAGGAUGGGCUUUUAAUAAUCCAGAAAAUAUAGAACAAUGUGAGAGAGAAGGGUGGUCACAGAAGAUGAAAGCCCAACAAAAUGAAGGUUGUCUGGUCUAUGGAUAUUUAGAAGUUAACAGAGUUGCUGGAAAUUUCCAUUUUGCCCCUGGAAAAAGUUUUCAACAGCAGCAUGUUCAUGUUCAUGAUUUACAAGCAUUUGGUGGCCAAAAGUUUAAUCUUACACAUUAUAUAAAACAUUUAUCAUUUGGAGAUGAUUAUCCUGGAAUAGUUAAUCCGUUGGAUAAUGUGGAACAUAUAGCAGACAAAACUCAGAUGAUGUUCCAGUAUUAUGUAAAAAUUGUACCCACAACAUAUGUUAAAGUGGAUAGCAAGAUAUUAAAUACAAACCAGUAUUCAGUAACCAAACAUUCCAAAGUAGUGGGUGGUACCACCGGAGAAUCUGGGUUACCUGGAGUCUUUGUUAUAUAUGAAAUAUCUCCAAUGAUGGUUAAAUAUACAGAAAAACAGAGGUCAUUUAUGCACUUUCUGACUGGUGUAUGUGCAAUUAUAGGAGGUGUCUUUACUGUGGCUGGAAUAAUAGAUUCAAUGAUUUACCAUUCGGCUAAAGCUUUACAGAAAAAGAUAGAGUUAGGAAAAGCAACGUGACGCACAGACAUAUUUAGGAUAUUUAAGAUAAUUGAAAGGUUAUGGUGUAUGAAUAUAUAUAUAUGCGUGAGCUGUUCAAGUUUAGAUGUCCCGAAGUUUGCAGUGCAUUUGGAAUGUACUUUUUGAAGACACUCUAUUUCGACGAGUGGCAUUUUGAAAAUGGCCACUUUUCUAUUCAAAGAUAGAUCUAAUACUUAUUUUUCUAAUGAAACUGCUGAUUAAAAAUAUUUUGGGAUCAUUCCAUACCCAUCAUGUUAUAUUUGUAACUUACUCUGAUUUCUUGUAAGAAUUCAUUGAAACUUUGUUUUGUUUUAUGAUAAAUUUUUUUUAAAACACAACCCUUUGCAUUGUUUUUAAUUUGAAACAGAAGGUAUUUUGUUUACAUGUUUUCAUUAUCUUAAAAAGCACCAUCAUGAAAAAGACAUUGGAGGAAAUUAUUUUAUCUUUUUGGUUUAAAAGUAAGCUUAAAAAUCCUUUGCAAGUUUAAUAUGAGUUAAAAAAAAAAUAAUAAAAAAAAGUAAUGGAGUUUGCCAAAGUCUGUUAUUUUGUCUGUCAAUGUGUGUUGUUGUAUGUUGAUGAGUUAAGUUUCACUUGUUUUUUAUGCAAUUUAUGUUCAAAAUUGUUUUUGAAUCGGAUAAAUAAGUUAAAAAGAAAAAGAGAUCAUUGAAAUAUCUAAUCACACUUUGUGUUCUUCUUUUCUUGUCUUCUAACAUUGUUUUAUGUACGGUAGUAUUUAUACAUAUGUUUUUGACAAACUGAAAAGUGAUUUAAGUUUUUUUUUCAUAAUUAAUUGCCGAUUUUUUCAUAAGGGCUGUUCCAGAAAAUACUAUGUCUUCCAAAAGAGAAGGCAAUUUCUUAACAUUUUAUGUGGGUGGUUGUACUUGAAAUUCCAAAAUGCAAAGGAAGUGUUAUUGUAAUUUAUUUCUGAUGGUGGCCGUCCCUGAGCAAUGGGGGUUGGGGACACAGUAUUUUCUGAAACAACUCUAAGACCAUCACUGUUUAUUUGAAAUAAUAAAUAUUAACCAGAGAAUGAAAGCGCUAAAUAUUAACCUUUUUAUGACUUUUGUGGUGCUUUUAAAGUUGUGGAAGAAACUGUAAUCUAUUUUGAAAUUGUCAUUACAGUAUUGAAGUUUACUUUUAAUAUAAAGAUUAAAGUUACAUCAGAAAAUAAGAAAUGUUAUUUAUUUAUAUGCAUAUAUGUUUUGUUUCCUUUUCCAUUUUUGUGUUUAAAUGAAAUGUCCCACUCGCACUAUCAUUUUCUAUGUUCAGAGGAUCGUGAAAUUUGGGUAAAAUGUCUAAUUUGGAAU